AUGCAGACUUCGCCAAGUGAGACUGUUAAUCUUGUCUGCUAUUCCCCAGAAAAGCGCCGUGAUUUGAAACAGUGCCAAGACAAGCAUGCUUCUUUGGAAAUAUCAUCAGCUGUGAAGAGCCCUAAUAAGCGGCUUGCAUCGUCGAACGAGGAAUAUACUAUCUCCAAAAAAAGCAGAAUCACCGCAACACAACUGGAUUUUGAUUACAAUGAAUCAUUCAGCAACAGAUAUCACACAUUAAGACAAGCAUCGGAUGCAGCUGUCUUUACAACCGUGGAUAUCAAAGUUAAAAUCAUGCUGAAACCAGAAGAAAAAGAACCAGUAUGUGUCAGAGGAACAACAAAAUUCAAGGUUGAUGCCAUGGUUGUAGAUCGUACCAAUUCCAUGAAACUUGCCUUGUGGGAAAACUGCAUCGAUAAAGCCCAUAUUUGUAAAUCAUACCAUGUCCAGAAUUGCAAAAUUCACAUGUUUAAUGAUACAAAGUUCCUCAGUACAAAUGACAAAACUGUCACUUCUGAGAUCGAAGCAAUUAUUGAUGUCAACUUAGAUGGGCUGGAAUAUCAGGAGUAUGUCAUCACAGCGAAAUGUAUUGGAUUGGAGGUGAACUGUCAUUCAACGUGUUUGCUUUGCAACAAGAAAAUCGCUGCAACAUCACAAAUCGAAGAUGAAAUGGUGACAUGUACCAACUGUAAUAUCACAAUAUUGGCUAAUGAAGUUCAAACCAAAUUGAUUUGUCAAUUAGUACUGAAAACUGCAGAUGGCAAAGUCACCAGCUACACUGCAUUUAAUGAUGCUAUGCAAAGCUUUUUGAAUAAUGUUGAUUCCGCUAGAAGCAUUAGUAAUAUUGACACUAAAACAUUAAAGUUGCUAGUCCUUAAAUCUGGCGAAGAAAAGAUGGUUGUUGACAAAAGUGUAAAGGUGAUUGCACAGUUCCUUUCAACAACACAAGACACUCCCUUGUAG